GGGGACCUAGUGCCUCGUAAAGGGCUAGGGAGGAGAGCACCGAGUGGCCGGAUAAAUACGGGGGAGGAGAGGGGCGUCUCCCCCUCUUCCCACCCCUCCCAUCUCCCCCGCCGCGCAGGGCGCGCUUGGAGCUCCCUCUGCUUGUUCGGGCGCCCGGAGCGGCUCCGCGCCCUGGUGCGGUGAGCGCAGGCUGGGCACAGGAGGCUGCUGCUGAAGGUGAAGCUCUCGCUCUCCAAGUACUUUUCCCAAGAGGGAGAAGGAGGCUGCAGGAGGGGGAAGUCGUGCUGUGUGUGGACCGCAACACCAAUCAGAGAUGCUCUAACGGAGGAACUGCUGCAGGACGCGCCGGCUUCUCCUCCUUCCUAUGCCGGUGGGGCUCAAUCGGGACCGCGCGCAGCUGGCGAAGGAGCCAGAGGCACACCGGGCUGCAGGACUUCCUCAUCCUCCACUUUUUGAAUAGCUCAACCAUACUUCGUCCUCUUUUAUUUUUUAUUUUUAAUUUUUUUUAUAUAUACUCUGAAAUCGCGCACGAGAAACACUUCAAGUCUUCCCUCUCUUGUCAGUUCCUUCACCCUUCCUCUAGCAUCUCUUAGCCAGAUUUCUGGUGUAUUGCCGGGGGGGGAGGUGGGGGUAGACCCGGGCCCCGCGGACGGCCGCUGCCCCAGCCCGGCCGAGCCGAGGGGAGCGGAGCCGAGCGGAGCAGGCACGGUGCCGCUCCGUGCCCCCGGGCGCUGGCGGGGCGCGGGGCGUGUGCCGGAGAUGCCCGAGUGGUAAAGCUGGAGCUCCCCCCGGACUGGAGGCGGCCGAUCAUUAGGCAUUUCUAGCAAGAAUCGGGACAGCAGCUUUGGCGUAUGUGGCAUUAUCGAAGGCUGUAUGGAUCAUAGCGAGGGAGAGGUUCUGCAGAAACAAAGGAUGAAUAAGAGAUACUUACAGAAAGCAACAAAAGGAAAACUGCUAAUAAUAAUAUUUGUUGUAACGCUGUGGGGGAAAUUAGCGUCUGGGGCAAAUCAUCAUAAAGCUCACCAUGUUAAAACUGGGACCUGUGAAGUGGUGGCACUUCACAGAUGUUGCAAUAAGAACAAGAUAGAAGAAAGAUCACAGACGGUGAAGUGUUCCUGCUUCCCCGGGCAGGUAGCAGGUACCACCCGGGCAGCUCCUUCUUGUGUUGAUGCUUCAAUCGUGGAGCAGAAAUGGUGGUGCCACAUGCAACCAUGUCUUGAAGGGGAGGAAUGUAAAGUUCUUCCAGAUCGUAAGGGGUGGAGCUGUUCCUCUGGGAAUAAAGUGAAAACAACUAGGCUGUGGCAGUAUUCGUGGAGCCAAAUGUGAGUCCACUCCCUCAAAAUGCCAGCAGCGGAAACUGGUAAGCAAGUGGGGAAAAAUCACCAGAGGGAUCUCUGAAGCUUGGGACAAAGGCAGAAAACACAUCAGUACUGCACUAACAGAGCAGCAGGUACCCUUAUAUAGAAGAUAAAAUUACAGGUAAGGAAAUAAUUUACAUUUCUAUUUUGGUCUUCUCCACAUAGCUUGUUACUCUCCACUCAAAAUCCUAGGAAAAAAUACCCACAGCAUAAACAUUUGAAGACGUAAAAGAUAUCAGACAUGAUUAAUUUAGAAUGCCUGAGUUUUUUAGUGGGAAUAAUGUGAAGUUCAAUCUUACCCAAUUUCUGGGGAAAUACAUUAAAAGAUGAAAAUCCUUUGUACCUGGAAGGCAAUUUUAAACCUCAAUCUAGUUUUAAAGCAAGGCUGGUUUUGUAUUUCUUUUUAAUUUGUUUUGCUUUUUCAUAUUUAAAAUAUAAACAAAGUUUGUUAUAGGUUUUCCUUUCCAAACAAAAACAAGUCUAGGCUUUUUUGUAGGUAAGUGAAGUCAGAUAAAGCCAAAACCAGAUGGACUCUGUUCCCAUCCCUCCAUCUCCUUUUACUUUCUUACAGUUGAAAGAGGAGCACGACUCUUUAUUAUGCUUCAGUUUCCUCAUAUGGAGAAAGGAAGGAGGUUGUUUUAUCUCCCACUUGGGAUGAUGAGGUAGAAUAAGUGGUAUAGAAGUAAAUUUCAUUUAUUUAAUUAAUUGUCUUGCAGUCUUUAAUGCCGCCAUGCUGCAGUCCCUCUAUGGAGUUGCGAUCACUGCAAAAACCUCAAGAGGAUAUAUCCUUGUCUGAAUUGCUACAGUUAUUAUCUGUUACAGAAAGUAAAAUAAGGUUUAUGUUUAAGUCUUCUUUUAAUAUAAAACUCUUGUCUGCAAAGGAAAUAUUUUGUUAAAUUAAAACAAUUCUACCAUAAACUUAAUUUCUCUGCUGAGUUACAGAAACAUUGAGAAAGUUAAGGUAUGUGCAUUGUAGUGGCAUAACCUUUUGGAAGACAAUAAUAAUGAAGCACAUUGGAAAGACUAAUGAAUUGAAUUUAGCCUUGACAUAACUCAUAUGUCUUCAUCAACUAUUCACUAUUACAAUUGUCCCAGUGAGCUGUACCAAUUAAUUUUAUUUUGUAAACUAUCCAGUUCAAGGAAAUAUGAAAACAGAACUGUAUUCAUUUGUUUCCUAGCAUUUAAAUGUUUAGACAUUUUAUUUCAGCAAGAAGUUAUUAAAGCUAUGAGUUUAAUCUUGUAGUGUAUAUUUCUAAUGAUCCUGCAACAUGAUAUUUAAGUUAAAAAUCCUAAAGAAAAAAAAAAAAAGAAGAAACUUAAAGAAAUUUUGGUGAUCUUUUGAGAUUCUAUGCAACCCUUUUCAGAAGCAAUCAUUAUCAGCAGUCCAAAAUCUACCUCAACUAUCUAGAUAAGGAAGUAUCUGUCUGAAUUGAAUAUUGUCUUUUGAAAUGUGUCAUCUGUUAUUUUAUGGUGUUUCCUGUAACCUUCUAACUGUAGAAAUGUCUGUAGUAAAGUUCUCCUCAGUUCAGACUAAACUUUUGGGGUUUUUUUUGGUUCGGUUUUUUUCCCAUUUGUUUUGGUUUGAUUCACUUUUACUUUAAACAUUUAUUAUAAGAACACACUCAUGUCUUUCAUUUUAAAGGAAUUGUAUUCUGAGUUCAUGACUCUUUUCUUUAUUACAGGUCUAUCCAUGGACUUAUUCUCAAAGAACUUUUCAAUUACUGUUUUGUCAUACUUAAAUAUUUCUGAUAUACUUUCAAACAUGAGUCUAAUAUAUAAGUUUCUAUUGCUUUUUGAUGACAAAUAAGAGUUUGAAUUUGAAUACGUUUGGAUAUUUUUAAGACCAUGCACUUUUCAUAAAAGAAUUUGCUCUGAUUCUGAAAUGUUUUUUUCCUGUUAUUUUGGACUUUUCCUUGUAAUUUAAAAGUUUCUAUUUAUCCCAGUUUUGUUUUCUGUAUAACUAAUGUCAUAAGAGUGUACUAGUUGACAUGUGUUUGUUUCUUAGGCAAACGUGUAAAACUCCUCAAGUCCGAAUGGAGAAGUAGAGAAAGGAGGUUUCUGCUGUGCCUGAUGACAAUAUUUGUUUUUUCCACACAAAAAAUAUUUGGCUCCAUGUUGGAGCACUAGUUGUGAUGAAUCCUAGUCUUGGUCGGAUUCUAAGGAAGGGCCAGAACGUUCGUUGAGGAAUAAAGAGUCAAACCACUCCAGAAAAUGUGUUCCAGCCCUCGUUUAUUACUCACAGAGCAGCAGGUAACCCGAUAGCUAAAGACAAAUCAAGUCAGUCUCAAGGCUGAUAACCUUAAAUACAACAUGUGGGAAUUUCAUUCUUCCAGGCAAUCCUUGAAGUGAAAUUUUAUACUGCUGGGGUGUAUCCUUCAGAAUCAAUUGUUUCAAUGAGAACCUGGCUUGCAAUCAGCAACAGCCUUGAGAUCAAAACUACUGGAAAGUCGUUUUGAACUUCUGUGUCACAAAGAUUUCAACUGAUUGAACUGUGUACACUUGUAAAAUUGUACUUGCUAAGGAAUUUGCAGCUGUAAUCACACGCUGAUACUCUAAAGGUGCAGAAAAGCAGUUCUUCGUUGCAGACCAGUAGCUUUUCAUCUUUAUGAAGUCGACCUCCAAAAUGUAUUGGAUCCUUCCCUCUAAAAUGAUCCCUGGUCCAUUUUCAGAUUACUGGUGGGACUGCACACUGCUUUAAUUAAAUUUCUGUUGCAGAAAUGGUCCUCUGGCAUGGCGCAGUUUUAGGCAUUUUUAUUUGUGUUCUAAUCUUGCAGCUCUGAAAGGUACAUAUUUUAACACCUUGAAGUUACUUUUGUUAUAGGAAUGGAAUUAUAUAUCCAUUGUUAAUAAUUAUUGUUGACAAGUAAUAGUUAUCUGAAUAUACCAGUCAUAUUAGAUUGUAUAGUCAGGUUGACAUGUUUUCCUAAGGCUAACCAACUACUGCAGCUUAACAGUUAAAAAAAGUAGUGGUCAAAACUCAAUUACCACCUCUAUUAUAAAGCAUUUUAUACCUAUAAGAUAAACAUUUGCAUUUAGUUUGAAGGAGAUGGGUGUUCCUGAUAUGUACUUUACUUUCCUAACCUUUAAUUCAUUUAAGUUCAUGGUAAUCAGUCAAUGACAGUAUUUCAUCUCUUUUUUGUAAAGGUAGGCAGGGAUGUAAAUGAGUUUUACAAUUAUGAAAUUGGAUGGUAAUCAUUCAGAAUUUUGUCUUUUUAUUAAAAAAUAAAAUCUCUUGCUUGAACCUAAGUACUGAUGGUUGCUUAUGUAGAUAUCUGUUUAGUCUGUUUGCUAUAAACGAAAAAAAGUCUUAGUGCCCUCCCAGAUUUACACUUCAUGAGUAUUUUGCUUGCUUACAGUCAUCCAAUUCAGAUCUGAUCCUUUCCAAAAUUUCUUUUUUUUUUUUGGUAGCAAUUUUUGAACUUUGUAAUGUGCUGUUACAUGAAAAAAAUCCUCAAUAUUUAAAGGCCUUAAGCAUCUCUGAGCUUUUUUCUAAGUUAUUACAGAAUGUAUAAUUUUAUGCUCCAUUUAAUAUAUAUUGUACCAUCUGUACUGUUGAUACAACAGAAAUUUGGCAGUUCCUUUUAGGAACACUGCAUAAACAAGCUGACCAGAGAGGGUAAGGGAAUUUUGACUUUAUGCUUUGGUGAAUUGAAAGCCACACACACAGUGGUAGUAAAAAAUACAUAGGGGUAAGCUUAUGAGUGGUUACCAGACUUGCAAAAACAAACAAACAAACAAACAACAACAUAAAACAGAAGAGGGAAAAUAUUUUAUCAUUACAAGCCAUUGACAUGGUUAGUUUAGUUAUACAUUAGGUUCCAUGAUAGAUGAACACCCUGGAGUGCUCUGCCUGUCACAGUAGCCCCUGCUGUUCCAAAACCAUUUGAUUACCUCUGCUGUAUUACUGCACAGGAGAGCUUAAAUAAAAUAAAUGACUGUUGGGAAUAAAAUUGAGAAGUAUAUUCUGUCAUUCUGCUGAGAAGUAAUAAAAAAUUGUUGGCAGGAAAAAAUCUUAUUUUCUGAUUAAAAUUUAAUUAGAAUAAACUGUAGCAGCAGCUAGGUAUAUCAGUAUUUUAGAAUGGAUUAGUAUUGUAUGGAUUUGUGCUAACAAGUUCUGGACAGAAGGUAGCAUCUUAAAGAGAUUGUCUGGGACAGUGCAAAAUAUAAAUGUGCUGUUUUGUAGAGUUUGAAUAUGGCCUCUUUUUGGCCAAAAAUCUAUAUCAUGCUUCUAAAUAUAUGUUUUCUUUGUUUCCUUGUUCUUAAACCAAUGCUGAAAGUACUGUAUUAUAUACAAGUGUAACACAUGCAUAUCAAUAAAUAAAAAUAAAUGGAUUUUCAAAUAUAUUGAA